AUGGAAAAGUUUAGCCAGUUCCGCGACAAAGGAUCGGGCAUCUCGCCCUUCAUCCCCGUCAAAACAGCCCUCUCCCCCCUCUCCUCAAUCUUCCACACCUUCCUCUUCUUCAUCCGCCUCCCCCUCUUCCUCACCUACGCAGCAACCUACUUCCUCUUCCUCCAACACCUAUGCCCCUUCCUCCCCGUCGCCGUCCGCAAAGUCCUCCUCUGGGGCAUGAUGGGCAUCCCGGGCAUCUGGUGGGUCGACCUCCAGCUCGACGGCGUCCGCCGCGGCACCCUCGCCGACCAGCCCCCGCAGCGCUUCCCCCACCCCGGGUCCGUCAUCGCCGCAAACUUCACAUCCCCCAUCGACGCCGUCUACCUCGCCGCAAUCUUCGACCCGAUCUUCACCAUAUCCUACCCAAACACCAGAUCCGUCGAGCAAAUCUCCCUCCUCCGCGCCGUCUUCUACGCCCUCGCCCCCGUCCGCUUCGCACCGCCGCCCUCCUCCCGAAAACUAACCGACCUCGCCGCCCUCGUCGCCCGCUACCCAGACCGCGUCGUCGCCGUCUUCCCCGAAGGAGGCACCACAAACGGCAAAGGCGUCCUCCCCUUCACACCCUCCCUCCUCGCCGUCAGCCCGGAAGUCCACAUUUUCCCCGUCAGCAUCCGCUACACCCCCGCCGACGUAACGACCCCCAUCCCAGGCCGCUGGGCGAAAUUCCUCUGGGACUUGCUCUCCCGCCCGACGACCUGCAUCCGCGUCCGCGUCGCAGAGAGUAUCCUCAACUCCUCCGCCGCCCAGACCAACGGCGUCUCGUCGUCUGUGGCCGGAGACACCGCGCAACGAAGAAUUGGGGCUGGAGGCAGCGAUGCGCCGGCGCUCUCGGUCGAGGAACAACGCGUGCUGGACAAGGUUGGAGAAGCGCUGGCUAGGCUGUGUCGGAAUAAGCGCGUCGGGUUGACGUUGCGGGAUAAGGCUGCCUUUAUCGAGGCGUGGAACGGGCGGAAGUGA